CCAGCAUCUGCUUCACCCACCCAUCCUAGCAUAUCACAACUCAAUACAAUCCAUCUCCUGAACACAAUGGCCGACAACAAGAAGUUCUUGCAAGUCUCCGUUCUCAACAACUCGAGUUACAUCCUGCAGCCGCAUGAGCCCAGCACCGUCACAGUGCAGGGCAAGCUCGUGAGCAAGCCCGACGAGGUCAAGCCCGGUCAUAGGCGCUCGGGCGGUAUCUGGCAGGCGGAGGUCAUCCCCUUCCACCUUCCCCCUCAUUCUGGCGUUGGCCCCGUUGAGUUCCCGGGUGUCCAGGCGCUCUCGCUGUACCAGUUCAAGGAAGCUCCUGGAGUCGUGUUGGUGAUCCUCGUGGAAGAGACCUUCACGCAGACUGCCAAGGUCGCCUUUGUCCGUGCCGACGAGGUCAAGUUCGACAAGCAGUACCUGGAGACCCUCGAGAGCGCCGCGAGCGUCCACAGCGACACCACUUACCUCUUCCACAUUCAUGGACACCCCUUCGCGGUCGAGGCAAAGGUCCAGUUCCUUCCGACCACCAAGACUCUCGAGCACUCCACCGUGCAAGUCACUUUCAGCAACGCCUUCACGAUCGAGUAACUGCUACGCGGAGAUCCUUGAAAUGUUUGACGACGUAGUAAUUCAUGUGCUUCUGCCAUGCC